AGAACGAGCGGUCUCCAGGUAAGAAGGCGCUUUGCCGAUUCAUCUUUGCACCCGCUAAUACAAGAACAACCAUCAUCGACUAUCAUCCGCAAAUGCAGGCAUCUGGUGAAAUAAUGAAUGCUGGUAACUGUAAUGGAGGCUCACAUGCAUCAGGCAAUGGCCAAGAGUCUUCGACAGAGCCGGACUUCUAUGAAUCGAACAGUCAGCAAUCGUUGAUUCGUUGCCCCAUUACAGAAAACUCCGUCAAGGAGGAACUGUGCAGUGAAGAGAAAUCACCGCAACCACACAGAGGGGCUCUCGGAGAGAGUAGAAGUGGGGAUAACAGAAUAGAUCUCAAGAAAGAGGGGAGCGCAGAGAAUACCAGGCUCAGACAAGGGAAUCUUUUUGGCGAGUUGGCCACUUCCAAUAACGCUUCAUCAGGACCCAUUCGACUUCCCAGUGGAAAGCUCCAAUGUGACGUGUGUGGAAUCAUCUGCAUCGGACCCAAUGUGUUGAUGGUGCACAAGCGAAGCCAUACAGGUGAGAGGCCUUUUCAGUGUAACCAGUGUGGAGCUUCCUUCACCCAAAAGGGCAACUUGUUACGCCAUAUCAAGUUACAUUCUGGAGAGAAACCUUUCAAAUGCCCCAUUUGCAACUACGCUUGCCGCAGGAGGGAUGCCCUGGCUGGACACCUACGCACACAUGCAGUUUCUUCGCCACUGGGGGGAAAGCCUUUCAAGUGCAUCUACUGCAGUCGCAGCUACAAACAACAAAGCACAUUGGAGGAUCAUUUUGACCGUUGCCACAGUUUCCUAAAGAAUCAGGACCAGGAGGCAGCAGUCAGUAAAAAGAGAGUACAGCAGGAUGAUCUGUCUGUAAAUAUGGAGAUGAUGGCAAAACCCUCGCUGGACAUGACGAAUGAGAAACCACAAUUUGCAGAUAGAUUAGCUAUCAGCAUCACGAAGCGCAAGAGGUCAACACCAAAGAAGUUUCUGGGUGACAAGCACAUGAAUCUUGACCUGCUUGAAGUCCCUUGUGACUUGUCUUCUGGUUCUGACAGAGAAGGGGAGCAACCAAACCCUCAGCCAGCAGGAGAUUCCACUGGUAUGAGCGGUAAACUCCUGCAAGACUCCAGGUGCAAACAAGGGACCAAUGCGCUUCAUCCUACAUACUUGUCUGAGCUACACACAGGCUCCACUAAUAGCAACGUGCCUCCUCAAGGAGCCCUGGGUGGACUCUCGACGGUGCCUCUCAGCCUAUCUGCUCAAGAAGCAGGCGAAGGGUGUGAAGGUCACACUUCAUUUCUCAGCCACACAACCUCACCUAAUGGAUGUCCCGACUCCACAGAUACUGAGAGCACAGCAGAAGACCUCAGCACAAGGGCUGCAGUCCACACACGUACCUCCAACAACAACCAGCACCUCCACUACCAAACCCUCGCACUGCCCCACGGCCUUCACGCCUCCAGCCUCGGCCAGGUUAAAGAGAUGGACCCAGACUGGGACAGGGUGUGUCCUUCGCCCCCCACCCUAAUGAAGAGGAGCUCUGCCUCUCCGCUUCCCCCCAGGGAGAGAGUACAGGUGUUGGACAGGGAAGGUCAACCCCUGCACUAUUACCACUGUCACCACUGCCGUAUCCUCUUCCUGGAUCACGUUAUGUUCACCAUCCACAUGGGCUGCCAUGGUUUCCACCAUCCUUUCGAGUGCAACAUCUGUGGUCACCGCAGUCGGGACCGCUAUGAGUUUUCCUCCCACAUGAGUCGAGGAGAGCACCUGCUAGCCUGAGAGGAGCAGGUAGGGGUGGGAGGUGGGCUCAUGUUUGCUCUGCACCAGAUCACGCGUUACAUCCGUUGUGUAAAAUUUAGAAUUUGACGUUUUAUUGUUAUCUGUUCAAAAGAAUCAGAAGCGGGUGAAGAAUCUUCUGAGAGCAGCGUUUCCAAGUUUACGGUGGCAAAUGAUGGAAUGCAAUUAACUGCACUCUCUUAUUGAAUCAUCUGGCAAAAUGUGAUUUUGCUUCAAAAGUGCCUUCUUGGGGGAGUUUCUCCAAACUAAAAAAAAAAGGAACAGUUGAGAAUCUCGAUUAGCCAUCUUUUCCUUAAUUGAAGUUGCUUUAUGAAAUAGUUGGAAGCCCCGUGUUUACAUGUAAAGAAUUGCAUUCGCACUAAGAGCUUUGUUUAAUGGUGCAAAGAGGGUGUUAGUGACAAGUGUCAGGUAAGCUCCAUAUGCACUGAGUGAUGUGCCUCUGGAAUUGGGUAGAGCUUUUGUCAAAGCUGUAAAGGACUGCCUUAACUCUUAACUUGUUUACAGUGUGUGACGUUGGAAACUGGUUGCUGUGAGGGAAUUUUGUGAAACAAAGCUGCACUGUGAAGUUGCAGAAUUUAGGAUUUCCUUUAGUGAGCCCUGCAAUGCUGGUGCAGAUCAGACCAUGAGCCAUGAGGUUUACAAGGAAGACCAUGAACAAGGACUGCACCUGUGGAGUCCCUGUCUUUGCCCAAGCACUUGAUGGCUUUACUUUUUUUGUGCUCAGUCUCGGCACUGAAAUAACUGCGGAAUCCUCACAAUCACAGUAGUAUAAUUUGCCAGCCUUUCUCAAAUUCCCACCAUGUUGCACUAGUUAUUAUACUCAAGUUUGCUGCACUGUGUGUGACUGAGAAUAGAAAUUCAACUGAGGUUCUUACAUUAUGGUUCUUGAAAGUAUGGCAAUCUUAACUGGAUUUAUGUUGAGUUUCACUCAUGGUGGGCUUGUUAGUGUUGCUUGUUUCAGCCUUGGUGUAAUUAAUCAGCUAUAUUCCAAAUCUUAUCCAACAUAUUCCUCAAGCGGACGAUAUGUUACCUCCUGCUUCUUUCAAGCACCCAAAUACCUUAUUGCUACAGUACAGUGACUUUUCUGUUCAUGUUGAUUUUGGGAACACGAAUGAGACCAAACUCAGUAUUCUCAAGGUGUUAUUGUGGGUUUGCUGCUUUAAUGGUUCAACUUCCUUUUUAUUGCAGAUUGUACUUGAGAUUGUUUGGAGAAAAAAAAAAGCUAAAACUGCACUUAGUGUGUUAAAAAAAAAAACCUGGAUGAAUGGAACACAGCAUGUGUGCUUGUCACCACCCUGCUUUUACCUGAAUUGUGAUUUCUUUUUUCCUUCCAAAAUGUGAAGUGAAAAAGAGGCAUGAGUUUGUGUCUCGGUGUGGACUUUGUUGUUGUUUUACGAUAUUUUGUGAGUGAUGUUACAUGACAAAAAACAAGUUACCUCAAAGUUCAACAUGUUCAACUGCCUCAUCACUGAAAAAUAUGUUCUGUUGCUUUCUGACAUGUUUCAGCAGUUAUAACUGCGUUGCCCUCGCUCUUCUGCAAACCU